AAGCUAUCAGUGUGGACCCUGUCAUUUGUAUAUAUGAAAGGUAUUUUUCUUCCAUUUCUGCUCUCACAUUUUUCAACCAAAAGUUUACAUCUAUCUUUCCAGGCUGGUUAGCUUUUCAUAAUUGAAGGGUCAUGAUGAGAAAUGUGGUUUUGUUUUCAUUCAUUCUUUUGUUUGUUCUUCUCAUUUUUUGUGCUAAUAGAACAUACAAAAAUGAAGAAUCAUCAUCAUCAUCAUCAUGGUUAAUGAAUGAAGCACAAUCUUUUUAUCAUCAUGUCAAAGUCAAUAGUCAUUCAGGUUAUGAACAUAUCUGGCCAGAUAUGGAAUUUGGAUGGAAAAUUAUUGUUGGUACCUUGAUUGGAAUAUUUGGAGCUUCAUUUGGAAGUGUUGGUGGAGUUGGUGGUGGUGGCAUUUUUGUUCCAAUGUUAAUCUUGAUUAUUGGAUUUGAUGCAAAAUCAGCUGCUGCUAUUUCAAAAUGUAUGAUUACCGGUGCUGCAAUAUCAACUGUAUUCUUCAAUUUGAAGCUAAGGCAUCCAACACUUGAUAUACCAAUGAUUGACUAUGAUUUAGUGCUUCUUAAUCAACCUGUAAUCAUUCUUGGUAUUAGCAUAGGGGUUCUUUUAAGUGUAGUUUUUGCCGAUUGGAUGAUCACUGUUCUACUAAUUAUUAUCUUCAUAGUGACAUCAGUGAAGGCUUGCUUAAAGGGUCUUGAGACAUGGAAUAAGGAAACCAUAGUGUUAGAGGAGGCUGUCAAGCAUUUGGAGUCUACUGCUAGUAGCAGUCAAGAAGUUGAAUACAAACGACUUCCUAGUUGUCCAGAUGAUGAGACUCGAAAGGAAAUGACACAAGUAACCCAUGGGACAAUUCUCAGCAAUAUUCGUUGGAAGGAAUUUGGAUUUCUUUGUUUUGUUUGGUUUGCAGUCCUUUUCUUACAGAUUGCUAAGAAUUGUACAACUACAUGUUCAAUCACAUACUGGAUACUUACUUUGUUACAGAUACCAGUGACCGUAGGGGUUUCAAUGUACCAAGCAAUAGGCCUAUAUCAAGGGAAGAAGAUUACUGUUUCAAAACAAGAUCAUGGCACACAUUGGCCAUUGCACCUUCUAAUUCUAUCACUUUCCUGUUCCUUGCUAGCUGGAAUUUUGGGUGGACUUCUUGGUGUUGGUGGUGGAUUUGUCAUGGGUCCUUUGUUUAUCGAACUCGGAAUUGCUCCUCAGGUAGCAAGUGCCACAGCCACAUUAGGAAUGGUAUUCACAGCAUCAAUAUCAGUUGCACAAUAUUUCCUCUUGAAUCGUUUUCCGGUUCCUUAUGCUCUCUACCUUACUCUUGUAGCUACAAUUGCUGCAUACAUAGGACAGAAAAUCAUUGAUAAGCUUGUCAAUAUCUUUCAAAGAGCUUCUUUGAUUAUCUUUGUCUUAUCCUUCACAGUUCUUGUUAGUGCCAUUGCACUAGGUGGAGUAGGCAUAUCACAUAUGAUUGAGAAGAUUCAGAGGCAUGAAUACAUGGGAUUUGAGGAUCUUUGCUACUAAAAUAUAUAUAUGAUGUAUAGAUCAUAGAGGUUCAUCUAUUUGUUUGCCUUGGCCACACCCGGAAAGCUCUGUUUAUAUUUGUUUUUUUUCAAUUUAUUUACAAUAGUUUGGGAAUUUUUUAUUACUAAAAGCUAUAAAUGAUCAGAUGUAUAUGUUCUGUCAUAUUCGUCCUCCAAAGCUUAAAUUACUAAAAUUAA